AUGGCGACCUCAGGAAGCCGGGGGAUUCCAUCCCCGCCAGGAGGUCCCUUAAGUACGCAUUGCAGCCCCCAUGUUCUCAGAUCGCCCGCUUCUGGAUUGGCAGGGGCGGCCCGCUUCUGGUCCCCAAACGAUGUGAGGCAGGCACGCGGAAGACAGCUUCCAGACAUACAAAUGAUGCAUCAAAGCCUACAUUCCAGCACUCAAAGUCCACCAUUUCUGCCGCUGGGCCCCAACAAACCCCUUGUUCGACAUGGAUCCCCGGCUCAGGCUGCUGGUACGGUCGGCAUGACUCAGAGGGCACAAAUGCAAGCGCCAGCAAGCCAAAAUCAACAGCAUGCCCAGCUGCUGUGGCGUUCAAUGACUCCUGCGAGUUUCGUGUACAGCUGUUACCGCCCAAGGCAGACCGCUGCACGCCAUUCUAGCACGGGGACUAGACUUAGGUCAAAGGAAAGUACCACAGUGGAGGCUCAACCCGUCCAAGAACGGCCCACGCAUCAGCCUAAUGGACCCAACAUUACCAACAACUUUUGGCCGGGCGUGUGGGCACGUCUGGCUGACAAGACGCACCAGCUUGUUGCACCGCAGCAGAAGCAGUGCCCUGGACCACUUGUGACGCAAUGCAAUAAUGAGCUGCCGUGCGCUCUCAACACAGGAAGGGUAUCAUCUCUUAAGCCCCAGCUCAAAAAGCCUCCUGGUAGUACCCCUGCAUACGCGCUACCUACUGGACAUGCCGGUAAGGAGCAGUGCGUGCCACAUAUUCCCCAGCAUUCAGUCCGAGGGAAGUCGCCGUGUGCAUAUGGCUGGAGACCACUCUCCGUACCUGCUCAGAACCACAGCAGGCCCCGUCAACCGGCUGGCAUGGAAAGAGCAAGACCUUCUGGACCUCAAAGAGGAGUUGUUGCGGGAAGCCUCAACGCUGUAGGUGCUUCGGAAUCUCAACGAGCACAGAAUGAUGUAAAUUCAAACCGCUCUGCUAGCACUCCACCCGUCUCUGGGCGUCAAUCUCCCAGCCUUGCCACCCGUAUCUGGUCUUUGUUUCGGGCUCCCACAGAGCAGAGAGCUGCGUACGAAUCAGUAGCUGCGCAGGGCUCUCCACCAGAUGCAAGGCUGCGGUCAGGGAGCGGCGGCGCACGCCGAGUUGUUCCAACAGUGAACCGGGCCCACGCACCGCAAGAUAUCUCGAACCAAAUACUCCUAGGAUGGGUCGGAAAUCAGCAGGAAAUUCAACACGCCCCGGCGAUAAAUUUGCAACGGUCGCGUCCUCCAUCUCCCACCCUGCAUUUUCGACAGAGUCCAAAGCAACAGCUUCCAACGGUAGCUUCACAUGCGGCCACAAGGGGAAAUAUAAUGCAAAAGCAGGAGCUGCAUGGGCAGAAAUUGUCCCCAAACACCCCAUAUGCGAUGCCAGGAUGUCAAGAAGGCAACUCAAAUGAUUGGGGCUUCGCCAAGGUGCCAUUUCCUCCACAACACCAGCAAGUAGCCCAGCACUCCCAGCACCACGUGCACUUCCCAACCCUUCCAUUCCAGCCUUCUCGGCAGCUUGACUUGCAGCUGCAGAGGGAGCACUUUCUUUGGCAGCAGCAGCAGCUUCUGCAACAGCAAAAAGAGGUGCUCCAACGGCAAAGAGAGAAGCUGAUGCAGCAACAGCUUUCUUUGCAGCAGCAGAGGCAGCGAACUCUUGUGCAAGCUGACAUUAUGCCUCAGACAGUAGAGCAAGGCGCAAUGCCUCAAAAAGGUCGCCCCCACUCUCCACAUCCCAAACUCUCUGGCCUAGCCACGAACGCUCAUGCACAUAGGGUGAGUCCAUCUGUAAACAGCUCCACGAGCUCAGACACCAUAUCUGUCGGGGCUGAUGAAGGUUCGAACCACGAAAAGCCCAAAGAACACGCAGAGUGGCUGGAAUCUAAAGAAAAACCUUUGCAGAUCCCCACGACAGCUCAUCUGCAAGCGGUUACUGCCGAUGUCGAAAGGCAGCAAGAAUCACCCGCACCGCCACCACCACUGGAGUGGAAAAUAAGCGAGUCUGAUGAAGCUUCUACUGGCUCCCAGGGCAAUGCUCCGUCUGACAAGGCAGAGAACAGGAAAUUGAGUUUUACAGCGGUUGGUGGCAGCAUGGAGCAGCGCUUGAAGCUUAAGUGUGAAAUUAUCGGAGACCCUGGGGCAACGCUUACUAAAUCAGCGUUGCGUCGAGGAGAAAGGAUUGACGGCCAACUUCUUACUGAGUCAAGUCCUCCUGCAGACGCCUUAUGCACUGUUAAGAUGAGCGGAAGCCUGUCAAGAGAAGAGGCCAGAGUUACAGAUCAGUCCCAAGACAUCCGUAGAGGGCAGGAGCCUAGGGAUACAGCGAGGACAGAAGGGCAGUGCCCACUAUCAGACGAACGUAAAGCAGCAGCCCAUGCAGCGGCAUUUGGUGAAAAUAACGCAUUGAUUGGAGCACACAUCUGUGGUGAGGAUCACAUCACUGAACAGCAGUUAGAAAAUGCGCCUCAAUGCAAACCAUCGCAAGGACGACGCAUUCAAGACAGAUUUAAAGUUGGCCCCCAUGAUCUCAUCCCGGUAGGCCCUUUUAUAUCGGCGAUUUCCUAUACAAACAACAGCAGACACGAAGGCGAAGGCUGUGCCACCAUUGAUGAGUGCACUGAGGACUCCAGCUAUAUAGAGGCCUACUUACCCAUAAAGUCUCUUGCAGAACUCGAGAGCUUUGAUAAGGGCCAAGGGGCUGAAGACCUUUUAGACGUACGCCGAGACAUCGUUGGGUGUGGGACUUACGGCGUUGUGCGGAAGCUGAGACAUCGAAAAGGUGGCUUUGCAGUGGCUGUCAAGAGCAUUCAGAAAGAAACCGUAGUUCGGGCCGGCAUGGUGAACCAAGUGGAAUUUGAGCUUUACGUGCAAAGGGAUCUGUUACGCCACCAGAAUGUGCUGCGCUGUUUCUCUUGUGUCGAAGAUGCUCAGUAUCUCCACAUGGUUCUGGGUUAUUGCGAUCAAGGGGACCUCUAUCGACGAAUUCGGGAGCAGCCGAACAGGCGUUUUUCAGAGCUUGAGGCGUUCUGUUUUUUCGCUCAACUAGUCAACGGCCUACACUGUGUUCAUUCUAGUGGGAUAAUUCAUAGAGACUUGAAACUGGAAAAUCUCCUACUUACGAAGGGAAAUAUACUCAAAAUUGCAGACUUCGGCUGGUGUGGUUCCAUUGUCGGUCACAAUCGAAGCUAUAGCUUCUGCGGAACCCUCGACUACCUAGCGCCUGAAAUGGUUAAAGGCCAAGGACAUGACUGGCGCGUCGACUUGUGGAGCCUAGGGGUUCUCUUGUAUGAGCUUUUAGACGGAAGGCCUCCUUUUCAGUCGACACGGCACUUUGAGCUGGUCCAGCGGAUUGUGACGGUUGAUAUUAGAAUGCCCAGCCAUGUGAAAAAGGACGCCGCUGAUUUGAUUGAGAAGCUGCUGAAGUAUAACCCAAGCGACAGGUUAUCACUAGUUGGCGUCGCCCAACACCCCUGGGUUUUCCGAAUGUGGAAAGAGCUACAGAUACAAAUUCUACAACAAAACCCUUAUGUAGAUUUGGAAGCAUUGGUGCCUGUGGUGCCCACUGUCUUCGCUGAAGUUGACCCGGGGCCAACAACAUUCCCUGUCCUACCAAAUAUCUCUACACCAACAGACAAGAACCAAGAGGGGGAAGUGGGCAACUGCAGCAAAGUUCCAGUUGGCAAGGGAUCUGGAGAGUCCAUAAGGAAUGGAACAUCGCGUUUGACUGCGAGAUCUCCAGCCAUCCACACCCGCCAAUACCAAGCUGGUGAGCAGACUUCAAGCUUUCUUUCAACGAGCAGCCGAAAACACUUCAACAAGUUGAGCCUCGAUCGUCUUUCGCGAGGCAGCUGCAGCGGAAGGGCCAAUCCAGACCACUCAGCAGAAAGAACGACAAGGAAGGGACCAUCCACCCACAGGAAUUCAUGCACUUCUUCCCAAGCUCAACCACGCCGUCCGACUUUUCCGAAAGCAACACCGUCCCCAACACACAUCCGUUCAGCGAGAAGCACAAGCAAAGGCCCUGGGAACAUUGCUAUAGACCACGCAUUGAUGCCGGAGUGCCCCGGUGCAGCGGAUACUUCGUCGCCUCAUAUUGCCCAAAAGAAAAAUAUGCUGAAGGCGCGGCACCCACUGUCAACUCAAAAAAGCAAAAGCCGAAGAGCACCUUUACUUGAUCAAUCGUUUGAUUUGCCAAGUGCCACCAGGACAACAGAAACCUCUGAGACCAGUCCUCUCCCCUCGUCAAUUGCAUCCACCGCGUGUUCACCCAAAAGUGAACCUAGUGGGAAGCCGCAGCAGCGGCUGGCUGGAUUCAACGACGCUAAAUCUGUCUUCGAUGGCCAUCCACAAAAUCAACAGGGCCUCCCUGUGAACUGGCGUGCCAAAUCAGUUUCUAAUAGAAAGUCGGAGCUUCAAAUUGGAGACGGGGUCAAAGCGAAUGCGCUAGCUUCACGUCAUGGUGUAACUUUUUAUCAAAAUUCGCAUCCACAAGACGCAGCAUUUAAGUGCACCACCCUGGACACCGCAGUCGAAGUCUUUCCGGCAGACAACGACGCAACGUCACUACCGAGUCUCAAAAAAGUGCGAAGCGUAUCGACGAAUCCACACACAGUACACUUUGGUGCCACACUACGGAUGAGAUCAAACCCAAAUAAGGCUCACGUCGUGAGUAGAGCAUCAAAAUCCGAAAGUUUGUCGAAUUGCCGCCUACGAAUUGAAAGAGACGAAUUUGUAAGAAUGCAGCCAUCCAACAAUCAAAACAUGGCUGCAUCACCGAACCCAUACAUUGACGGAAGCGUUCAUGCACAAGGGAGCAAGCAAGGUGCAACUUCAAAGUUACUUAAUGCUAGUGACGGUUCCACAAUUCCAGGAAGAACUGGUUUCAGCGUGGAUCAUCCUUUACCGAUGGCUAGUAUUGAGAGCCGACACAAGCCGUCCCACUGGCCAGAGACACCUCAAGCUCAGCUUUUCCUGCAGAAUUCCUGCCAGUGGUACUCUCAGCAAGCUGCCCAGCCAGUACGCACGCCUCGCUUGCAGCAGUUCCAGGGCUUUGUAGGAAAAUGCCAAUCGAACUUACGGUGGUGUCGGCAGGUCCCGGAAGGUCAAUUAGCUGCCGUUGAAGCGACACAUGCUGUUGAAGCCCGCCAGCCUCGGCCUCAUGCAUCCUUCCAAACGGCACAGAAGCAGGAACUAAUCAAUUUUGUGAGCGACCCUUCAGCGCUGCACUAUCUGUACUGCAACCAGCCCUUAAUGAAACAUCCUAAAUCUCGUGUAUCCCCGCUGCAGUCUGAGGGUUCGCCAACGUGUCAAGGCUUCAUCCGAUUUCAGCAGCCACCUACACGAACAGCAGCCCCUGGUAGCCUUCAAUUUGCCAACAGCAUAAUGGAACCCUCACAAGCACGCGGCUUGCCAAUAGUUGUUCCUGGGCCAGAACCCAGGAGCCCGAAAUUUGUGAGUAAUCCAAGUGCUCUCUUUAGUUGA